AUGACCUUCAGAUUUCUCUGCAAGUUGGCCUUCAUCGGUUGCUGGGUUUUAUUCCUGUCUAUCACAAUAUCCCCUUGGGUAGCUGUAUUCAUUGGACCAAGAGUGGAAAACCUGAAGUUUCUUUGCUUCUGCAUUCGUCCACUCAAAUAUAUCUACAACAUCACAUACACUGUGCAGGGUAUUGAGAAUUUCAAUAUCAAGCAAUCAUAUGUGAUUGUUUGCAACCAUCAGACAAAUUUUGAUCUUCUUGCAAUGGCAGAGAUCCUGCCAGAACGCUGUGUACCAAUUACCAAAAAAGAGCUGUUAUACUGGGGGCCUCUGGGCCUUUCUGGUUGGUUAUGCAGCUUAGUUUUCAUUGAUCGCAAGAAGAAGCACCAAGCAAGGGCCACCUUAGAACACCUUGCAGAGAGGAUGCAAUAUGAGACGCUGAGGAUUUGGGUUUAUCCAGAAGGCACCAGGAACCGAGAGGACACCAUGCUUCCCUUCAAGCGGGGUGCCUUUCACUUGGCUGUAAAGGCUCAGGUCCCCAUUGUCCCUAUUGUGAUAUCUUCUUACACAGAUUUUUACAGUGUCAAGGAUAAGAGAUUUGAUCCAGGCAAUAUAACCAUUCGGAUUUUGCCCAAGAUAGAAACAGAAGGGCUUGACUUACAGGAUAUUUCUGGACUGGUUGAGAGCACUCAGAGAUUGAUGCAAGACACUUUUAAUCAUAUUUCUGGGAACAGCGUGCAGAGAAAGAUGAGACACUCGUGA